CGUUCGUUCGUUUUUUUUUUUUUUUAAUUUUUCCUUCCCGUACAAGUCUGACUCAUUUGGCCAACGACCAGUUAAACUUCACCCGAAACUCCCGGCCCCCCACACGUGGAGUGGCGGUACCCCGUUGUCGUUAACGUUUAACCAAGUGCUGUGAUGUUUGUAUUCGUUGUGCGUUCCCUCUGUGUGACUUUUCGUGGUGUUCAUAUAGCUUAUGGAGUGCAACUAGCGGAGCAACAGAGCGAGACAACAAAUUAGGAGCGGGUGGCACGUCUCGCCUCCUCCACCUUACAGGAGACACCAUAAAUACUUCCGUUGCGCCCGGAGCUGAUCAGGUGAACAAGCAGUGUGAUUAGUAUCUCUAAGUGACUCUAGUUCAAGUACUUAAUGGGAAACUGGUACUUAGGCGCGUAAAGGAUUAAAGCUAGACCUUUUUCGCGAGUGCGCACACACGGAUCGAAAUGAAUAGAUCAGUUUUUGCAUCGUUGAAACCGAUGGGGGAAAAGUUUUAAUAGCAACAACCGUGGCCAUCUCGAAGGGGUGUAGCCUCUGGUGUCACGACUGUUCGGAUUAUAUUUAGCUAGUAGUACAGAACCUGAGCUCCAUCAUGAUGGAACGUAAGAAGAAACAUCAUAAGAAGAAAAAUGGCAAAGCAGGCCAUGGCAGUGGCAGUGGUGGAAAUAAUGGUGUUGGUGGAAGUGGUACGAAGAACGUUACCACAAACAAUAACAAAAACAACAAUGUUGCUGGAAACCAGCAACAACUACAGCAGAAUGCGAUUAAUAAUAAAAAUAACAAGAAGAAUAAUAAUGGCGAUGGUGGUAACCGUGGUGGGAAUAAAACGGUGACUACAACGCCGAUGAUGACGGCCGUGGCGGCUGCGACGACGACGACGACGAUUUCCCGUAAUGGUAGCAACAAGUCGCUGCUGCCUUCGCCGCCACCGCUACCGACCGGGAAUAACAAUGGCGAAGGAAAUGGCGGUGUUGUGCUGAUUAAGUGUAAGUCUGAUUUGCUUUGUUUGGAAAAAUGGUGUUUUUAG